AAAUGUUUUUAACUUCGGUUGACCAUCUAUUUCUAAAAUUACAACAGCCCUUGAAGGCACCACCGUUGCCAGACUGCCUUACAUUGUUAACGUUGAUUUCUCCCGUUCAAGCCAGCAUUUUGUCCUCGGAGAGGCGAACCGGAGCCCCAGCGUCCCUCACUGCGCUCCAAACCGGGACUCCGCUCAGCACCGAGACACCCAGCGGCUUACCGAGGGGGGGCGCCGUGUCUCCCAGGGAAACGCCAAGCUUCAGCGUGAGAUCGGGGGCGGGGGGCGUCGUGGAGCCCGGUUACGGCGGGGGGAGCGGCCGCCCGGGAUUCUUUGUUGCUGAACCUCUCCUCCUUGAUUCCCACCCCCCCGUGGGGCAGGAGCAUGAGGACGCACCGGGACCCUCCCCAGAGCCGAGGCUGCUGCUGGUAGGGAGGAGCAGGAGGCGCCGCGCGGGGUCCGGAGGAGCACGCGCCCGGACAACAUGACCGUCUUCAACCCGGAGAAUGUGGAGGAAUUCUAUGAAAUCGGAGAGGAGCUCGGGAGUGGUCAGUUCGCCGUGGUCAGACGAUGCCGACACAGGAGCUCCGGGGCCGAUUACGCCGCCAAGUUCAUCAAGAAGCGGCGCAGCAAGUCGAGUCGGCGCGGGGUGAGCCGGGAGGACAUCGAGCGGGAGGUGAACAUCCUGAAAGAGAUCCAGCACCCCAACAUCAUCACCCUGCAGGAGGUCUUCGAGAACAAGGCGGAGGUCAUCUUGAUCCUGGAGCUCGUCGCCGGCGGGGAGCUCUUUGACUUCCUGGCAGAGAAGGAGUCGCUGAGCGAGGAGGAGGCCACUCAGUUCCUGAAGCAGAUCCUGGAUGGAGUCCUGUACCUCCACUCCAAACAGAUCGCUCACUUCGACCUGAAGCCGGAGAACAUCAUGCUGCUGAACCGCUCGGCGCCUCACCCGCGCAUCAAGAUCAUCGACUUCGGAUUGGCCCACAAAAUCGACUUUGGCAACGAUUUUAAAAACAUCUUUGGAACUCCGGAGUUUGUCGCUCCAGAAGUGGUGAACUACGAGCCUUUGGGCCUGGAGGCAGACAUGUGGAGUGUCGGCGUGAUAACAUACAUCCUGCUCAGUGGCGCUUCUCCGUUUCUGGGCGACAACAAGCAGGAGACGCUGGGCAACGUGUCGGCGGUGGACUUCACCUUCGACGAGGAGUUCUUCAGCAGCACCAGCGCGCUGGCCAAAGACUUCAUCUCCAGACUUCUGGUCAAAGAUCCAAAGAAGAGGAUGACGAUCCAGGACAGCCUCCAGCACCCCUGGAUCAAGCCAAAAGACACGCAGCAGGCGCUGAGCAGGAAGGAGUCGGCCGUCAACAUGGAGAAGUUCAAGAAGUUUGCAGCACGAAGAAAGUGGAAGCAAUCCGUCCGACUCAUCUCCUUAUGUAACCGCCUGUCCCGCUCCUUCCUGUCCAGAAGCAACAUGAGCGUGGCGCGCAGCGACGACACGCUGGAUGAGGAGGACUCCUUUGUGAUGAAGGCCAUCAUCCAUGCCAUCAACGAUGACAACGUGCCCGGCCUGCAGCAUCUGCUCGGCUCAUUAAACAGCUACGACAUCAACCAACCCAACAAGCACGGGACCCCGCCCCUUCUGAUCGCCGCCGGAUGCGGCAACAUCCAGAUCAUCGAGGUGCUGAUGAGGAAAGGCGCGGAAAUCCAGGCUAACGACAAGAGCGGAGCCAACGCCGUCUACUAUGCGGCGAGGCACGGCCACGUGGAGACCCUGAGAUUCCUGCACGAGAAGAAAUGCCCCCUGAACGUCCAAGACAAGUCGGGGGAGACCGCGCUCCACGUGGCCGCUCGCUAUGGAAACGUGGACGUGGUUAGCUACCUGUGCACCAUCCAGGCAGACCCAAACCUGGCCGACAGAGAGCAGGAGAUUCCUCUGCACUGCGCCGCCUGGCACGGUUACUCCGCCGUGGCCAGGGCCCUCUGCCAGGCAGGCUGCGACGUGAACGCCACCAACCGCGAAGGAGAGAGCCCGCUGCUGACUGCAUCUGCUCGGGGCUUCGUGGACAUCGUGGAGUGUUUGGUGGAGCACCGAGCCGACCUACAGGCAACCGACAAGGAUGGCCACACCGCUCUGCACCUGGCUGUCCGCAGAUGUCAGGUGGAUGUCGUCCGAUGCCUCCUCAAACACAACUGCCAGCAGGACCAGCAGGAUCGCCAUGGAAACACUGCGCUACACAUCGCCUGCAAAGAUGGCAAUCUGCCCAUCGUCAUAGCGAUAUGCGGCGCCAAGGCCAACCUCGACCUGCCCAACAAGCACGGCAGGACUCCUCUCCACCUGGCGGCUAAAAACGGGAGCCUGGAGGUGGUCCGGCAUCUCUGCCUGGCCGGCGCCAACAUCGACGCCGUCACCAACGACGGAAAGACGGCCGAGGAUUUGGCCUCAGCUGAUCGACACGAGCCCAUCGUUUCCCUGCUGUCAAAGCUUAAGAAGGACAACCUCAAGCUGAGCUUCAUCCAGCAGCUGCGGCCCACCCAGAGCGUCCAGCCCAGAAUCAAACUGAAGCUGUUCGGGCACUCGGGGGCCGGGAAGAGCACGCUGCUGGAGUCUCUGAAAUGCGGCAUCCUGCGCAGCUUCUUCAGGAGGAGGCGACCGCGCGGGAACAGCACAACCCGCCACCCCAACUCCCCCGUCAGCUCCAAGCCUGCAGUGUCGGUGAGCAUCUCCAACUUGUAUCCGGGCUGCGAGAACGUGAGCGUCCGCAGUCGCAGCAUGAUGUUUGAGCCCAGCCUGACCAAAGGCGUCCUGGAGGUCUUCUCUCCCGUCCACAGCGGCCUGUCCACGGCCGACGAACAGGCCACCAAAGCCAUCGACAUCCAGCACGCCAACAUUCACGGCGUGGGGGAUUUCAGCGUUUGGGAGUUUUCGGGAAACCCCGUGUACCACUGCUCCUACGACUACUUCGCCGCUGAUGACAUCACGGCGAUCCACCUGGUCCUGUUCAGCCUGGAGGAGCCGUACGAGACGCAGCUGGGCCACAUCACGUACUGGCUGAACCAGCUGAAGGCGCUGACGCCGCCACAGGACAGCAUCGUCUUCGGAGGACGGAUCCCGCAGCCGCUGGCCGCCGUCCUGGUGGCGACGCAUGCGGACCUCGCCGGCGUUCCCAGGGCUUUCUCCGGAGAGUUCAGCUACGACAAGGAGCGGGCGCUGCUGAAGGAAGUCAGGAACAGGUUCGGGAACGACCUGCAGAUCAGUGACAGGCUGUUUGUGAUGGACGCCGGCGCCUCCAACUCCAGAGACGUGAAGCUGCUGAGGAGUCACCUGCAGGAGCUCCGCGCCGCCGUCAUCUCUAGGUGCAGUCCGGUGACGCCGCUCUCGGAGCGUCUGCUCGCCGCCCUGCCGGCCUGGAGGAAGCUGAACGGACCCAACCAGCUCAUGUCGCUGCAGCAGUUCGUCAGCGACGUCCAGGACAACAUCAACCCACUGGUCAGCCAGGACCACCUCCGCUCGGUGGCCCAGCAGCUGCACAGCAUGGGGGAGAUCAGCAUCAUGCAGAGCGAAACGGUGCAGGACAUCCUCCUGCUGGAGCCGCGCUGGCUGUGCACCAGCGUCCUGGGGAAGCUGCUCUCUGUGGAGGCCCCCAAAGCCAUCCACCACUACCGGGGGCGCUACCGUCUGGAGGAGGUGCAGGCUCUGGCUCCUGAGAGCGACGUGGAGGAGCUGCUGCAGAUCCUGGACGCCAUGGACAUCUGCUCCCGCGACGCCACCAACCCGACCAUGGUGGACGUCCCCGCCCUCAUCAAGACCAACGGGCUUCACCGCUCCUGGACCGAAGACGAGGACGAGGACUCCCUGAUCUACGGGGGGGUCCGGCUGGUUCCUGUCGAGCACCUCACUGCCUUCCCCUGCGGCCUUUUCCACAAGCUGCAGGUCAACCUGUGCCGCUGGAGCCACCAGCAGAGGCCCGAGGAGGCCGGCGGCGAGGAUUCGGAUGGAGACAUCCACCUGUGGACCAACGGAGCCAAAGUCAGCCAGUCGGGGGUGGAGGCCAUGGUGCUGCUGGUCAACCACGGGCAGGGCGUGGAGAUCCGGGUACGCGGACACGACUCUGACCGCGCCAAGAGCUACACGCUGCUGGACACCAUCUGCAGCAUCACAGAGAGCCUGCUGGCCUCCACCCUCCCCGGCCUGCUCACCGCCAGGUACUACCUGAGCCCCCAGCAGCUGCGCGAGCACCACGCCCCCAUCAUGAUCUACCAACCAAAAGACUUCAUCCGCGCUCAGGUGCAGCGCGAGAGCUCCCUCACCAACACCAUGGGGGGCUACCGCGAGAGCUUCAGCAGCAUCCUGGCCUUUGGCUGCGCCGAAAUCUACCAGCAGGGGAUUCUGGGAACCGGAGUCCCCGUCUCAGAGCUGCCGCUGCUGGCUCGCCGGAAACUGUGCCGCAUGCUGGACCCCCCCGACGCCCUGGGGAAGGACUGGUGCCUUCUGGCUAUGAACCUCGGCCUCACCGAAUUAGUUGCCAAAUACAGCAGUGCGACUCCGAACGGCGCCCCCCACCCGGAGGCCCCGGAACUGCAGCCCAGCCCCACGGCGGCGCUGCUGCAGGAGUGGAGCCGGCACAGGGAGAGCACGGUGGGGGUGCUCAUGACCAAACUGAGGGAGCUGGGCCGCAGGGAUGCCGCCGACUUCCUCCUGAAGGCCUCCCCCGUUUUUAAGGUCAACGUGGAGGCGGUGGGCGGGGCCCAGAACGGCUACCUGCCCACCUGCAACGGAGGGACAUCCUACAACUCGAUAAGCUCCGUCAUUUCCCGCUGAGGGAGUGACGUAACCCCGCCCCCUGCUUUCAGUAGUUAAUUACAGUAUAUUGCCUCGUGAACGAAGCUCCGCCCCCCUGUGUGAUGUGGUAGCAGAGCGCACCUGAACCAGGUGUUCCUCGCCACAAUAUUUCCAACCCCAAUCUGAACAUCAGAGUGUUUGUGGUUGAGAUGGCCCCGCCCCUCUGUGGCCUUCUACCUCCCUAAAAGCACAACAGCUCCUGGCGCCGGUGGCAGUUCGGUCCAGAACCGCGAGGAUCCGUGCCUUUUAGACGCCAACAUCAAAACGGCGAAUUCAGAUUCUUGACAAACCCCAAAGUUUCUGUCGAGGCGGAGCAAAAGAAAACGUUUUUUUCAGAAUUUUCCAUUUCUCUCUUUAAGGUUUUAAAGCAAAGUGAAGCGGGUUUCCGGUCCGUUUACCGUCAGAACUCAACCCUGAAGAAUCCGGUGUGUCGGUGACGUCGUGCCGUCUGUCGGACCUUUGGGCUUUCCUGAAGUUUCAUACGUGAUGUUUACACAAAUCCUUCUUUAAUCACUGCAGGAUCAUCUGACCGCAGAGUCACCUGGUUUCCAUGGUAACCACCAGCCAGCACAGUGGCGGUUCUCCUUGUAGGGUGGGGGGCCGGGCUGCGGUUUUACGUUUGUGCCUUCAGGUGUCGCUGCAGCCCUGAGGAUGGGGGGGUGGGGGGUUGAAGGUUUUUCUCUGCUUCUUUCUGCAGCUGCUGUGAGCAGCUAGUCGCCGGGAAACGGCGUGACGCUGGUUCGAGCCCCGCCUUCACGGUCGGCUCUUUGCACAUUUGGCAUCGGCGCCGCUUCUGUUAAGCUAAACCUGAGCUCCUCCCGUCAGCGCGGCGUGGCGUCCCUUUCAUUAUGAAGCCGCAGACGCAGAUCCGUUUCAUUCUGCUGAGCUCAGAGGCCAAAGCUGCGUGUUUCACGCUACGUCUGCGCCACACGAGGAUCAAGAAACAAAAGUGUUUUCCAGCUUUUCCCGCGCCCGAGCGCAGUAUUCCCACCGGCUCCUCCAGUGUUAGCGCCUGUUCAGGGGGGCGUGAACGGCUGCUUUUCCCAGCCUGACUCGGCCAAUCUGCACAGCAACCAUGUAGCUGUGAUGUACAUACGGCCUCUUCCUCCUCCUCCUCUUCCUCCUCUUCCUCCUCCUCCUCCGUGCCCCAAAUUUGUUUGGCAGAAAGAAUGUAAUAUAUGGAAAAGAGAAAAUCCCAGUUGACGGCGUGUCACGAACUCUAAACGAGGCUUUUUGCUCCUGUGCUUUUCUGAGUCUCGUGUCGACGUUGUGUUGGCGUUGUGGCGGGAACACGCCGCUCCACGGCUCCGUGUCUCGGCUGGACGCUCCUCAUCCAGCUGCAGUUUUUUCUGUUGGAUGAGGAGAAUCGAACCCUUUCUGCUUCACAGUCUUGAAGCUAAUUGCACAAAUCUUUCUGUGGCUAUUUAUGUUACAUUCCUUCAGCAUGUGUGCGAAUGCCAUGUUCUUAGUACAUAUGACACUUUAUAGUGGAAUACGUUUUAUAAUAAAUUCUUGACUCGUUGCUGC